GGACAUCGCUCUGCCGCCCACCGCCUACACCGGCGAUGCAUGCGCCUCCUACCAGCGCGGUACGCUGCGUGUCGACAUGGCCGCCAAGGACCCCGCUGCGCCCGCCAUGGUGGAGAAGGCGGCUCGCGACCCGGACCGGCCCACCCCGCGGGAGCUGCCCCUCAGCCUGCCGGGUCAGCGCCACCGCGCUCCGGGUCACCCCCCCGGGAGAGGUCCCGUGGUGAACACGGGGAUACCGAUGAGGGACGACCCCACGGGUCGCGGCGCGCAGACGCCUGCACAGGCUGAGUACGGCGAGCGCAACGACGAGCUGUUUGGGCGUCCUGGUGUGAAUGCUGUGAUGCCGCAAGCUAACUUGGCUUCGACAGUGGUCACCGACAUGCCCAUCAUCACAAAUCCGGGCGCUGCCGUGGAGGCGGCUGCCGACAACGGUGAGACAGUUGUAGUGGACCCCAAGUCCUCCGAAACCAGGAUCUUCAUUCCCAAAGUCGACCAGUGCCCCUGUCCCCCCUCCUUCUCAACAAGUGUCGACUACACGGAAGAGAAGGUUGGCCUGGCCACACGUCCCCUGGAAGCUCGGGACUUCUACUCCACGUGCGAAUCAACCGUGGAGCCGUACAGCACCGUCAAGGCCCAGGCGGUCAAGGGGGACCCCUCCAUGGCGUGCGACAUGUGCCGAUGUGCGCCCUGCCAGUGUGAUAAGAUGGCCAAGAACUUUCCGUACGAGCUGACUCCGCAGGAGCAGAAGCGGUACGGCAAGGCCUCCGUACACGACGCCAGGAAGCCUGUGACCGGCAAGAACACGCACCCCGCACAUGACUAUAAGGUAAAAAUGAUGGUGAUGGUAGUGGUGCUGCACUCGAAGAUUCGCAGCGAGGAGCACGCCCAGGUGGCUUUCCGUACUCGCGAGUUUGAGGGCAACGUCAAGAUGCAGGGGGUUGGUAGCCUCGAGGACCUGCCCGCCAAGGAACGGGAGGAGGCGACGAGCCGCAUUGUGGGGGGCAGGGAGAUCGAUCCGGAGCUUAUUCGAGACCGUACACGUACGGCAGAGGCUGCCCGCCACUUCUUGGGCUGA